AAGUACUGGGUAGGGAUAGGGGACUCACAGUUUAUGGAGUAUAUGUGUUAUAAUUUCGUUUAAUCAACCUCAAUUACCUUACUCUCGGCACAGGUUCAAUAGGCAUGAGAUUAACUAUGUAAACUAUGGAGUAGCUUAAUUGUCUUACUGUAUGAUCAGUUGAAGGAGUUGAGUUUAGAUUAUCUACUCAUCAAACAAAUAAAAAUGAUCUUGGGGUACGUAUCAUUAUCAGUAUCGAUAUGGCUGGUUUAAGGAAAGUAGAGUACCUUACCUCUCGGCGUGGAAGUGAGCAGUUGAUAUUAGAUGGAUAAUUAUAUUUACAACAGAAACCGCGAGAGGCAAACCUUCACACAUUGAAGGUGUGUCGUCAAGACGUGCAAUGGGAAAUGUACAACUGUCUGUGACUUUCUUUGCAAUCAGUCGGAACAUAACCAUCCGCCUGAAGAUGAAACCAGAGUGAACUUUGUCAGCAAUCUUCGUAAAAGAGCGCGAGAAGAAACCACACAGAUGCAGGCACUGUACGAGGAGCAAGUCACUCAAGUAGAUGAAGCCAACAUGCCAGCGAUGCCAUCAUUUCAGAGCGUGAAAAGUGCACUUUACAGGCGUUACAUUCCAUCGUUACCCAGGUCGCGGUCAGCAGCAGACAUUGAAGACAAAUGGUCAGAGACAACAGAUGGACGUCCCUUUCUACUGUUCAGCGACGGCGACGAUGACAAGAUCCUGGCGUUCUCCACUGCAGAACAGAUACAAGCCCUCCAGGAAGCUGACACUCUUUACAUGGAUAGUACCUUCACAGCAUGUCCAGGUUUAUGGGAUCAAGUAUACAUCAUUCAUGCCAGAGUUGGUCCCACCAUCUUCCCUCUAGUGUUUGCCCUUUUGCCAGAUCGCCAAGCAACAACCUAUGGCCGCCUUUUUCGACAACUGAAGACAGAAGUUCAAGAGCGACUCAACAGACCUCUGUCACCUAGCACACAUGCUUCGUCUGGGAUAAAUAAACUGUAAAAGUUAUUAAAUGUAAAGUGUACAUUACCAAAAACUGUCACAAAGUGUUGUUACAAACUGUAUAAAAUUUAUCAAAUGUAAAGUGUCAUUAAAUGUUAAGUAUAAUAUUAAAGUAUCUAUUUAAAGCUGCUUUGCUUUGUUUGUCAGAUCUUAUCUGGACUAUUCCAUUUUAAAGUCUGAGGUAACAAGCAUAAGGAUUAGUGUGCACUCAACCGUUUAAAGUGUUGUUAUAAGCUGUCUAACUAUUGGGACGUCUAACCAAUGGGAGGACA